AUUUUUCCGCAGCAUCCUCAAAAUGAAUUUAAAUUUAAGGCAAAAACUUUUGAUCAUGCCUCUCAGUCGCUUCUCCGAUCCUUUUGGGAUAGCUCAGAUGGAUCGCCUCGGAGUCAGUUAUGGAAAUCAGCUGCAGCAGGUGCGUCGUUAUGGUCCUAUUGCGGGACCUCCCCGUUUUCGCCUUUCCACAGCCCAGAAGGCUUUAUAUGGCUUGGGAUCUCUGCUCUUCAUGAUGAUCAUACCGGUCUGGUCGCUUUAUCAGAUGCCUCGUUGGUCGGCGCUACACAACAAUCAGGCCUGGGAGGAGGAUGCAUCCAAGGAGCCGAAGGAGGAGCAAUAAAAUCAAAUAUUAUAAACACAUACUUAUUACACUUUUAAGCGGUGACUUCUCAAGACUUUUAACUAGGGUUCAAUUAUUUUAUUCUUCGUUUUUAUUCACUCAUUGUUAUUAAAUCACACUUGGCAACAGCGUGGUCAAUACAUUACAAUACAAUAU